AUGUUUGCCCAUCGACAAUUGCUCGCUUCUGCUCUAUGCCUUCAGGCGUCUAUGCUUGUUACAGCGCAAGACUAUGGCGCGAAAGUAUGGGGAGUCUUCGCAUAUACCGUACACGGCGAAAGUAUUCCCACUGUUCUCACAGUUUCGCCUGGAUCCAAACUUUUGACGGAAUUUGGUGCCAACCAGCUCCAAGCUGCUGGAUCAUCCUUCCGGGAUCGCUAUGUGCCGACUACCGAUGGUAAUAGCAGUGAAACUGCCAUCGUGUACUUGCCGCCGGAUUCCCUCAAUGCGGAAGAUGUUAGUGUACUUUCGAUGGCCGAUCAAUACGUUUCGGCCUCCGCCCAGGCCUUUAUGCAGGGUUUGUACCCUCCUCUCGGCGAAUCGGAUAUUACCAGCUCUGAAUCGACUGAUAAUGCAACAAUUGACAUGGCACCAUUGGAUGGAUAUCAGUAUGCUCAUAUCAUUACACUUGGCGAGGCGGAUCCUAGUUCCAUCAUGGUGGAUGGAUCUGCUCAGUGCGACAUGCACCAGACGGCCGAAGCCGAGUAUAAAGAUAGCAGUGAUGCUAUGAGAAUCACAAAGGAGUCUGUGGAUUUCUAUGUUGGUCUUCUGGAUGACGCUCUUGGUCCGGCAUUUGAUGCAACGACUGCUACAUACCGAAACUCCCCCGAGGUCUCUGAGUAUAUGGACUACGAAGCUAUCCACAACAGCUCGUUCAUGGACACUGUCAGUGAUAGCGAUCUGAGCCGAGCUCGCUGGCUCGCAGAUCAGUACACCUACGCAACGAAUGGUCAGGACUCUACCGCCACUAGCAGCCUUUCCACGAUUGGCCAAGUAAACGCAAUCGCUGGUCAAACGUUAGCGUCCAGUUUGUUGAGCGCGUUUGAUAAGAAUAUUGAGCACUUCGGUGCUCACCAGCAGAUGACACUCCUCUUUGGAAAUGAUGCACCUGCUGUUGCCCUGGCUUCUUUGAUGGGCAUGGCAUCUCAGCAGCAAUCCAACUUUUAUUCACGCCCCACCCAAGGUGCUUCUCUGAUUUUUGAGCUCUACAGCUUCGCAUCUGAUGAGGUGUAUCCGACAUGGCCGGGAACCGACAACCUGUACGUGCGUUUCUAUCUGCACAAUGGAACAGAUGCCUCGACUGAGUUCCAAUCGUUCUCCUUCUUCGGCUACGGACCGAGCAUCGAGUACGUCCCGUGGACCGAGUUCAAAUCAGAGCUCGAGACCUUUGCAGUAUCUUCGACCGAGGAGUGGUGUACUAAGUGUGAUGCACAGUCAAUCUUCUGUAAUGGUGUGCUCAAUAACGACAAGCCUGCGCCGAAGAAGCAGAUGCAGCCUGCGGUGGCCGGUGUUAUCGGUGCCGUGGUCACACUAGUCGCCGUUGGUCUGCUGACCAUUGUCGGGUUCUUGAUCUGCGGUUGUCGUAAAUGCAAGAUAGCUCACAAACCUAGCAUUGGCGGCUUCAAGGGCAACGGAAAACUCGCUAGUGACACGGACGUCACGUUCCGCAACCCUAUCUGGGGCGGCUCCAAGGCUGCAGGUGUUGAAGAGUCAGACGGUGUCGCAGGUGCUGAUUUUGGCCCCGGACAUGAGCGAUUGGGUAGUUGGGAGAUGGGCCAGCAAAAGAAGGAAUUUGGCCAACCUGAUUCUGCGACUAUGACGAAAGAUCGCGUUCCUAUGUCGGUUGCAUGGGAUGAAAUGGAAGAAGAGUGGAGAAUUUACAGUGGACUCCAGCCUGUCAAGGCUCGGGAGAGCGUUUAA